AUGGUAGAUUCUGGGCCAUGUGGCGUCAAACUGGAAGCCAUUACAGCUUCAUUAAGCAUCUUGCCUGGCCAAGCACACGCCAACAGUCUAUCAUCGGCUAGAUACGAGUUGCAACCACAGAGUGACGGACGCUCAGAAACAAUAUUCCUGCGUCAUGGCGAUCAGAUCCAUGUUCCAAACUCUCAAUCUUACCUGACUUGUCAGUGGACAGACUCAGAGGUCCAGGUCAACUCAUCGGCUGCUGACGCUAUGAGAAUCGCGGUGACACCUGAAGAAGCCCAGAGCGAGGGCGAUGGUACGAAAGAUCCCGCUGUCAAUGUAGCAAAGUCACAACCUCGCGCAACCCCUCAGCUUUCGAAUCAACGAUCAACUACUGUGAUCCAGGAGACCCCAACCGCUGCGCGUACAGGGAAUGUUACAGAUAUUUACGAAGCAGACGUUCAGGAAGCAGAGGCCUUCUCGACCGCCCGUACUGGCGAGGCACAGGAUCAGAUGCAACCACAGCUGCCUCUGAAUGCUAGAACAUCUUCACCGCGAGUACACAUACCAUCGAGGUCAGCUAAGAAACGAACACGGUCCCUAGCCGAUGAGGCGGACGCAGAUGCAUCCAAGUCUGACAACGGGGCAUUUGCUGGGCCUAGCAAGCGCGCCAAAACAAGCGAUAGCGACACAGAAGACAGUCGCCUGAGCAACGUCGACGUUGCUCAGCCCGAACAGUCCGCCCCACCACGAUCGCAGAGGGGUUCGCAACGAUCCAUAUCUACUACUACAGUUAGAGAGGACUACGAUGGCCCGGUUUCCCGUGUAGCCUGCAGCAACUCCACCAUUACGAAAGCAAGUGCGGCUGUCAAGUUCCUGAAGAAACAAGGUGGAGCGUUUGUAGAGAAUCUGGCUGAUGACUUCAAUGUACUAUGCGUACGAGAUGGUGAUCUCCAAAAGACAACAAAAGUACUUUACGCAAUCGCACGCGGCAUUCCUAUCGUUACAGACCAAUGGCUAUUGGAAUCUGCAUCAGCUAAGCGCCUGCUUGCCGUUUCCGCUUUCAAGCCAUCCAUACCUAAGCAAGAAGAGGAGUGGAAGAUCAAGCUUGACGACAUCCUCGAAAAGCCGCAAACUCCGUUCGCCAACUUCGCUGUUCACUUUACGAAAAGCCUCAAGACGAGAUACGCAUCUUCAUUCUCUGACAUUGAGGCUGUCUGCAAAGCCGCGGGCGCGACGAGCGUGACGACUGGUGCGACGAAGUUCAAGAAGACAGGAAAUACCAUUGCCCUCGCUGCAGACAAAGAUGAUGUGGAGGCACAAAAACUGAUCAAAGAAGGAAUAACAUGCUACACAAAGGACUUCUUCACAUACAGUAUCCUGCGGGGCGUCUUUGACCUCGAGAGCGACGAAUUCAAGAUCGAAGGAGCCGCAGCGGGCGAGACACCUUCAAAAGAGCAGAAGAAGAAACGCGGCCGGAAGAGUAACUAG